AUGCAGUUUGCCUCCUACGCUGUCCUCCUUGCCAGCUUAUGUUGUGCAGCCCUCUCCAGUGACAGUUUCGAUCGAAUUACUCAACCAAGCAAAGGAGAAGUCCUCCAAGCGGGCACAACGUACAACAUAAAAUGGCACUCUACAAGUUCUGACAAUGUCAAUCUCAUGCUGAUGAGCAAUAAGAAAUCUGAGGACUCUUCUGACUCCUUGAAUGUCAUUGCAGCCAUUAUCGACGGUACCGUGGGCCACCACUCCUGGAAUGUCACAGAAGGCCUUUCCAACAAUGAAACAUUCUACAUUAAAAUUGGCUCGGUGGCCGAUGUCUCGAAUUUUAGCUAUUCGCCCGGAUUCAAAAUUCAUUCUAACAUUUCGUCGGUGACGGCUACUCCUUCUGCUACUGUUACGGUUUAUCCGUCUGCUACGGGGUCUACUACGGCAUCGGCUAAUGUUACUGAGUCUCCCUCUACCUCGACUUCUACUGCUGGUGGUUUUGCUACAUCUGCUCCUGCUCCGCUUGCAUUUAUUGGGGCUGCGGCUAUUGGCAUGUUGGUUUUCUAG